AUGGCAUCCUCAUCCUCCUCCACGCCGCUGCUCUACGCAUGCAUCGCCCACAACACGACCGUCCUCUCCGAGCACACCGCAAGCGCCUCCUCAAACGCCUCCUCCCUCGUCUCGCUCGUCCUGCCCAAACUCACACACACCGCCAGUGCACACAAGACAAUCGACCAAUCCAAAUUCUUCAUCCAUGUCGUCACCAAAUCGCCCUCAGACUUCCCCAGCUCCAGCCGCAGCGCCGGCGGCCUGACCUUCCUCGUCAUUGCCGAGCGAGAUCUCGGCCAGCGCAUCCCGUUCGGCUUCCUCACAAACCUCGAGAAGAAGUUCUUCGAUGCAUUUGCUGCUGAGGAGACGGAUUUCGCGGAUCUGCCGCCGUAUGGGUGUGCGAGCUUUAACGGUGCGCUGAAGAAGUUGAUGGUCGAGCAGGGCGCUACGCAGGCUGGGCAGGCGGAUGCAUUGCGCACUGCGCAGCGCGAGAUUGAGGGCGUGAGGGAGAUCAUGACAGAGAACAUUGAGCGUGUGUUGGAGCGUGGUGAGCAUAUGUCUGUUCUGGUAGAUAAGACGGGCAGGUUGGGGGACAACGCGAGGGACUUCAGGGUUAGGAGUCGGACGUUGAAGAGGAGGAUGUGGUGGAAGAACGUUAAGUUGAUGGUGCUGCUGUGUCUGGUUGUGAUAUUCUUGAUUUACUUAUUUGUUGGGUUUGGAUGCGGUCUGCCAGCUUGGGGAAGAUGUCUGGGCCACUGA